CAUCGUUUCACUUUGUGUGAAUGACGGGAAUAAAUGUUGUUCCUCCGAUAGAUUCAAAUCCACCGAAUUGCGUGAAAGGGACCGGUUCCAUGGCACUGUCGAUUCAACCGGAAAAAUCAUCUGUUGGCUGUAGAAAUUGUUGCUCUUGGUCUGUCAAUCAGCAGAAUGGUUCGAACAAAAGUUUCUCCCUUUCGAGAGACCUGAGUCCCCGGGUUCGAUUUCAAUGGUACCGAAAAUGCCCUCGGAAUGCCAUGGUGAUGGAAUUUGUACGCUUUCUGUGUUCUUUGAGCAGAUCUGAAGCUUCAAUAAACAACGGUAGCUGCACCCUGCAUCGUAUACGCGAUGGGCCUCCUGGAUUCACUGCAUCUGACGGCGAAUCGGAAAAAAAUGCUCCACCAGAAAUGACUUGUCUGGGUCAGCGCUUUCCAAACUUUCUUUGAUGGUUUUGAUCAUAGCUAUUGAAACAACCAUGCGCCAGGUGAUUGGAAAACCCAUGGUCCAGGUGAAGAUAGAGCACCAUUUUCGCAUGAUCAUUACUUCACUUAAAAUCCGUUCUUUUGAGAAGAUUGGAUUGCAUUCAAAAAGAUUAACAUACAAAUCAGAUGGGCACCAUAAAAUAAG